CAUAAUUUAAGUUAUAUUAUUAUUAUUAUUAUUAAUUGUCACAAAUUUACAAAAGUUCUGAUUAAAAUGGCCUCUUGUCACUCGAUAAUAAUCUUAAUGGUAACCAUAAUUUUUGCAUUUUGUUUCACCUCAAAUGUUGAAGGUCGUCUUAGAGGAAAUACAUUUAACAACAUUUAUCAAUCUUUGUCGACUAAUUCCAAUGUUGACGGAGGGACAAAAUGGGCGGUUUUAAUAGCAGGCUCUAAUGGCUACGAAAAUUAUAGGCACCAGGCUGAUAUUUGUCAUGCAUACCAAAUAAUGAAGAAAGGUGGUCUCAAAGAUGAAAACAUUAUCGUCUUCAUGUAUGACGACAUUGCAUUUAGCAAAUAUAACCCGCACCCAGGUGUUAUUAUAAAUAAACCAAUAGGGAGAAAUGUGUAUCCACACGUUCCUAAGGAUUAUACAGGUGAAAAUUUGACUGCUACGAACGUAUUCGCGGUUAUACUUGGUGAUAAAAAUGCCAUCAAAGGAGGUAGUGGAAAGAUUUUGAAUAGCGGUCCAAAUGAUCAUAUCUUUAUAUAUUAUGCUGAUCACGGCGCCCCAGGAAUUCUUGGAAUGCCCGGUGACGAGCCUCCUAUUUAUGCUAAGGAUUUCAUAGGGGUUUUGAAGAAGAAACAUGCUUCAAAGACCUACAAAACUAUGGUUAUUUACGUUGAAGCUUGUGAAUCCGGAAGCAUUUUUAGCGGUCUUUUGCCCAAAAACCUAAACAUCUACGUGACAACUGCGUCAAAACCAGAUGAAAGUAGUUACGCGACCUAUUGUGGUAGAGAACCGGGCGUUCCCACUGAAUACAAUAACACAUGUUUGGGUGACUUGUAUAGUAUCUCAUGGUUAGAAGACAGUGAUAGAAAAGAUCCAAACAAAGAGACUUUGAAACAACAAUAUGCCGUGGUGAAGAAGAGGACAAGUAGGAUGUCUCAUGUACAACAAUAUGGUGAUGUUCACCUGAGUACAGACUAUCUAGCUCUUUACUUGGGAUCUAGUGAGCAAACCAAAACCUAUUUCGCGAACCAAACGGAGCCUAACCCCCCUUUGUUCGCGGUUGAGCAACGUGAAGCUGAUCUUAUUUUCUUCAAAGAAAUGGUUAGAAGAGCUCCUGAAGGCUCUAAAAAAAGAAUCGAGGCUCAAAAGCGUUUAGAUGAAGUUAUCUCUCAAAGGAAACAUGUGGAUCAAAGUGUACAAGAAAUUGCAAAGAUUUUAUUUGGUGAUAUACAUGGUCCUUCAUAUCUUACAAUAAAUAGACCAGCAGGAAAACCUCUUGUUGAUGAUUGGGAUUGCUUCAAAGCAAUGGUAAGAACUUAUGAACGUCACUGCGGACCACUACAAACUUAUGGAAAGAAAUACACUCGGGCAUUUGCAAACUUUUGCAAUGCAGGGAUUCAUGAGGAUCGAAUGAUGCAAGUAUCAAACCAAGUUUGUGCUAAGUGAUAGAAGCUUUAUUAGCUGAUGAAUAAUAAUAUGAUUUGUAAACUACUAGUAUAUAUUACAUAUAAGAGAAGAAAUCGAUGUCCAAAUCAUAGCAAAUUAUAUUUUAUACAACUUAUACUUAUAGCAUCUACAACUUAUACUUAUAUUUUAAUCAAAUUAAACUUAUUUGUUACGUGUUCUUAGUUACUU